CAUUAAUAAAAGCAUUGACCCAAAAGGAAAGAAACCCCUUUUAAUAAAACGAAAACUGCCGGAAGAAAACAAAAGACCGAAGGAAAAGCAGAGUGCAAAAAGGUACAGAAAUUCGCUUUGGUCCAUGCUUCGUCAUCCAUUUGCAGAGCAGAAUCAUUGGAGCCGCUGCUGCUGCUGCUGCUGCUGCUCGCUUUACUGGACUGGUGUUUUGGGGAAAACGAAAGCUGCAGCCACAGGCUUCUUCCCGACCGCUGUUUCAUUGCCUUUUUUGCAGAUGAUUCUUUCUUCUUCUUGUUCCCUACCAAAGCAACAAACAGCCAACCCAACUCUUGAUUGAUUUUGUCCGGCUUGAUCUCUCCUUCUAUAAAGUUUUCCUUUCUUGCCUUUGCCUACUAUUCAUCAAUCAACCAUUCCCCUGUUUGCGAUUCUCGGCAUGAAGUUGGUGUGGGUCAGUCUGUGUUUAUGGCUUGCCCACGGCGGCGGAAUUGCGCUGGUUACGGCGGCUACCGCAUGCGGGCCUGAGAGGGAGCUGAAUCAGACUCCGACUUGGGCCGUCGCCGGUGUCUGUGCUGUUAUCGUCAUAAUCUCUAUCCUCCUUGAGAAGCUUCUUCACAAACUUGGCUCGUGGUUUACAGAAAGGCACAAGAGAGCUCUAUUCGAGGCCUUGGAGAAGGUUAAGGCUGAGCUUAUGGUUCUGGGUUUCAUUUCAUUGCUGCUGACUUUUGGUCAGAACUACUUCUUGAAGAUUUGUGUUUCCGAAGACGUGGCAAAUUCGAUGCUGCCAUGUCCUUAUGAAGGUGAGCACAAAACUGAUACGGAGGAGGAACAUCGUCGGAGACUGUUGUGGUUUGAACACAGAAUGUUAGCUGGUGCAGACUCUGCAACAAAGUGCAAGGAGCAGGGGCAUGUACCACUUAUAUCAGCCAAUGGACUGCAUCAACUGCACAUCCUCAUUUUCUUCUUAGCCGUCUUUCAUGUGAUCUAUAGUUUUGUAACCAUGAUGCUCGGGAGACUGAAGAUUCGUGGCUGGAAGGAGUGGGAGCAAGAAACUUCCUCCCAUGAUUAUGAGUUCUCUAAUGAUCCUUCAAGGUUCCGGCUUACCCAUGAGACAUCAUUCGUGAGAGCACAUACCAGUUUCUGGACAAAGAUUCCAGUCUUCUUUUAUUUUGGAUGCUUCUGUAGGCAGUUCUUCAGAUCUGUUAGUAAGUCUGACUACAUGACAUUGCGCAAUGGGUUCAUCUCCGUGCACCUAGCUCCGGGAAGUAAGUUCAAUUUCCAGAAGUACAUCAAGAGGUCGUUGGAGGAUGAUUUCAAACUAGUGGUCGGAGUGAGUCCUGUAUUGUGGGCGUCUUUUGUGGUUUUCCUGCUUGUGAAUGUUAACGGUAAGUCUAUGCUUGCAGUGGUUCUUGAUGUCUUGCUGCAGAUAAUCUUAGCAGUUGGAACGGAGCUUCAGUCCAUUUUGACGAAGAUGGCAAUCGACAUCUCAGACAGGCAUGCAGUAGUGCAAGGAAUACCUCUUGUGCAAGGGUCAGAUAAAUACUUUUGGUUUGGUCGCCCCCAGUUAGUUCUUCAUCUAAUCCACUUUGCUUUAUUUCAGAAUGCUUUCCAGAUAACAUAUUUCCUGUGGAUAUGGUAUGCAUUUGGCAUGAAAUCGUGCUUCCAUGCUAAUUUCACGCUUGCCAUCGUCAAAGUCAGCAUCGGUGUUGGUGUCCUACUCCUUUGCAGUUACAUCACGCUGCCCCUUCAUGCACUCGUGACUCAGAUGGGUUCCAACAUGAAGAAAGCAGUGUUCGAUGAGCAUACAUCCAAGGCUUUGAAGAAGUGGCACAUGGCCGUGAAGAAGAAGAAGGCAGCAGGAAGAGGCUCGAAGUCGUCUUUAUCAGUCAGAACUCUGGGCGGUGGAGAUACAAGCCCGAUGUCUGUGACAGCAGAUGGCUCCUCCACUGCCAGAACUUUGCUCUCCACCGGCUCAUCUGGCCACACAUUGCACCGUUUCAAGACCACUGGCCACUCUACACGGGCUUACUACGCUUACCGCGAUGAUGAUGAGCUGUCGGACAUGGAAACCGAGGCGUUGUCCCCUGCUCCUUCAUCAUCCAUCGUUCAGAUGAGUUUGAUUGAAGGAACCAAGAGGGAUCAUGAAGGUGGGGAAGAAGCUGAGGAGUUGGAUGAUCGGAUUCCUAUUUCUGGAGCUGGAAAUUUGAUGGAUGAAUCCCUCCCCCACCAUCAUCGUGCCGGGGAGGAAAGUAGUAAUGGGAAUGAGGAGGAUUUCAGCUUUGUGAAGCCGGCUGUUUCCUUUAAACAACCAUAAAUGAUGCUAUAUCUUCAGCUAGCAGCGUGUGAGAUGUAAAUUCUGUUCAUUCCUAUAUCUUUGGCGAUACAUGUGUGUCAACUCGCCAAAUCAAAUUCCUAUUGAGAAUUAGUUGAGGAAUAAUGUGCUCAAAUCGAGUCAAUUCACUCAAUUUCAUUGUCGAUCAAAAAGACUACGAAGAACCACCAACAGACUGGAGUGCCAUGAGAAAAAUGAAGCACAUGCUACGCUAGUGGCAUGCGUGCACUUCCGUUUAUAAGUAUUAUCAAACCCGUAAAAACCGUCAUAUAAUGAUUCAGUAGCUUGUUCAUCAACUCAGAGAUGCGAUACCAGGGAGAAAAUCUGAAAAUUGAAGCACAUAACUUUACAAAUCUCUUUUCACCUACAGCUUGAAAUUAAUGAAAUUAUUCAAAUCCAUCAGGCUCCUCAUCAUCACUGCCGCCUCCAAACAUGGAAGCCAUUUUCAUUGCCAGAUUUGCAGCCAUUUCCCUUCUCUGUACAUCAGGCAUCAAUCUUAACCCAUCCCUUAUGUUACCGAUUUCAAACAUCAGCUUUUCCAAGUCCUCAAAGUCGAAUGGUUCAACCUCACCAUUUGCUUCCGAUACUUCAGCAUUUCGCACUGCUCCUUUGUCGUCCUCUGAUGAUUCCUCUCUUUGAGCAGACGACGACAGCAGAUUUCCUUCAUAACCCUGUUCUCCGUCCUCAGGGUGAGUCCCCAUGACACCUCCAGCAUUUGAUGCAGUACUAGAACUUUCUUUGUUCCCAUUGCUAAGUCCGGCAACAACAUGUUUUUCGUGUGCAUUAGAUUCCCCUUCACUAGGAGUGGAAGUCGUAGUGCUGGCAGAAACCCAUCUGGUAUCAUCCCACGGUUCUGCAGAACCUGCGGAUAGCACCUCGUAUUCUAAUUCGUAAUCCGACUCCUCCGAUAAGUCUGCAUCUUGCACACAAACCAGUUAGCACAAAAAGCAUCGAUAGCAGCACAGUAAAUAAAUGGCAAAGGAGCAGGUAAAAGAACCUUCUUCCUCAGGUAUUGGUUGUUCAGCCAUUUUAUUUCCAGAUUUCAAAACCAUUCCAGGCCACAUAUGAGCAGAAAGUGCACCAAAGAUUCGUUCCAUCCCUUGACUAUCGCCAUCAACAGACAGACCUUUGUCGAAUUCGGGAUUGGAAGCGCAAGCUUCAAUGUACUCAAUAUUCCGAUCAGUGCACCACUCAAUACAUGACCUUCUGAUCUGAAACGACUGAUCUUCUUCUUCUACUACCUCUUCUUCUUCUUCUUCUACAUUGUUGCCUAACAAAUUGGCACCUUCUGUUUCAGAGAUUCCAAACUCAUCAGAUGCACACUGCUCAAGCUCGAGCUUUUGCUGCCGCCGCAGCAACCGCCUUCUGUAUUCUUGGUGGACUGGAUGGCCCGGAACAAGAUCCACUUUGUUCCCUACGCAUAACAGUAUCUCGUACUCGUGGAUAUCGGUGCGAGAUACCCAUUCCUGAACUGCAGCAAGCGACGAGAGCUGCACUAGCGUCGAAAACCAUGAUGACGGCGGCCAAUCGGCGGCGAGACGGGAGGUUCUCGAUUCGGAAUCCGUCGGUGAGAUGAGUAACCCAUACGGAUACAUCGGCGGAGUAGUACUUAGUGUUGAUUGUCCACCUGCGGAUGAGUAAUUGUGAAUCGGAAUCGGGAUCGGGAUCAUCUUCGAGAUCCAGCGAAAGCAAACGGGAGAGGAGGGUGCGUUUGCCGACGGCGGAAGGACCGAUGAUCAGGAUUCCAGGCCUGUCCUCCAGCGAUGGCGAAGACAUACUCGGUUCUGGUACUACUUCUUCGCCUGCCAUUAGCUUUCUUUUACCUUCUCCUUUCAGCUGCUUCUUCGUCAAACAGUGAGCUCGAGCAAAAUAACCAGUCCACUUUUCCGGCAAGACAAAUCAAGGAAGAAGAUGGGGAAAAAAGGGAAAAAAGGAAAAGGAAAGAACAAAGCACAGCACAGCACAGCACAGGCACAGGCGGCACAGCGGAGAAGAUCGGCAGAUCUGGCCCAACUCUGCCGGCUGUGUCUGCCAAGCGAGUUCUGGGC